CAAGGAAACAUUGGACUCUGUAGAUCAUUUCAUUUGUCAACCUCAAAAUGUCAAGUUCGUAAAUAAAAACUUAGAAUAAUUUGUGUGAAACUUUUGAUCACAAUUUGAGACUACUAUGUGGACAUGCUGUUGAAAAUUACUCAGGUGGAAAAUAGAAAAUGAAUUAUGGAAUCCUUAAGGAACGUUUUUGGCCGCAAACAAAUAUUAUUCGCUAAAAUAUUGAUAAACAAACGUACCUACGCCAGAUUAGCUGAAGUUGGCAGACUAGAAUCUCCUAAACUGGGAGGAAAAUACGAAACUGGGCAACUAAUUUUACAUCGUGUGUUUGGAUAUAGAGGUGUAGUUUUAUUUCCUUGGAUUGCGAGAGUUUAUGAUCGAGAUAUACCACAACAAAGGGAAGAUUCUGAAGAAGAACUUGGUAGCCGUGGGCUUGGAAGAGAGGUUAAAGGAAGAACACAUACAUUUUACCAAGUUUUGAUAGAUCAAAGAGACUGCCCCUUCAUUAGAGCUCAAGCUGAAGCGGUUACUUUUUUGGGUAAUCAAGAGACGUCCAGAAGUUUAUAUGCCAUCCCAGGCCUUGACUAUGUAGCUCAUGAAGAUAUUAUACCAUAUUCAAGUGUUGAAAAAAACCCUUUGCAGCAUGAAUUAUUCGAUAAGUUUUUAGAGUAUGACAAAACAAGAGUUUCAGAUCCACCAUACAUCGCUCAUGAAACCCUGCGUGCCUGGCAGAAGAAGAACCAUCCUUGGUUGGAACUCUCAGAUGUUCACAAAGAAACAACCGAAAAUAUUCGUGUUACUGUAAUACCAUUCUACAUGGGAUGCCGUGAAUCUCACGCCAAUUCUGUAUACUGGUGGAGGUACUGCAUACGUUUGGAGAAUUUGGGACAUUUGAGCGUUCAACUACGAGAGAGGCACUGGCGUAUCUUCUCCCUGUCAGGUACACUGGAAACGGUGAGGGGCAGAGGAGUGGUAGGUCAAGAACCUGCAUUAACUAAGACCUUGCCAGCUUUCCAGUAUAGCAGCCAUGUGAGUUUGCAAGCACCAAGUGGACAUAUGUGGGGUACAUUCAGAAUGGAAAGAGAAGAUGGGUACACCUUUGAUUGUAGGAUUCCUCCGUUUUCCUUAGAAAGUAAAGCUGAAAAUGUCCCUGCAACACCACCCCAAUAAAUAUGACUGAAUUAUAAUUAGUUUGAAACUUUACUAUAUUUUCCUGUGAAUCUAAUAAAUCGCUUGUAAUUUGUAA